CAUGAAUGUAAAAAUCGAUGUCAUUAUUAUAAUUAAACUGAAAUAGUGUUAUAAGUAUUUCAAUCAACAUAUUGGACUGACUUAUGAAACGUAAUCAGUGCGCCUCUAAUCGAUAAGUGUUAUCAGUCUGUAUAAGGACAAUAAUUCUUAAUAUUUUAGUUCGAUAUAAUACCUCGACUGAAUAAGUCACGGAGGACUCGAAAAUAAUAAAUAAUACACGUGCAAAACAGUGGUGUUCUGUGAAAAUUAUGUGACCUGUGAUCUUCUAUUAUCUGUGUCUUGGUUGAGUUUUAAAAAUGGUAGCUGUGUAAAUGUGAGUAAGUAUUUUGAUAGUGCAAAGAUAACAAUCAAAUUGCAAUCUUUGUCACUACCAGAAGAACACAUUAAUGUCGAUGAAGCGAUAAACGUAAUGAGUGACAACCUUCAGUUUUAAAUCAAGCAGAAUGUAGUAAUUCAAUUCUAACUACUGAAAAACAAUAAUUAUCGAACUACCGGAAAGCUACACUAUCUGUGUAAUCUCUAAUGUUCAGAUUAGCAUUGAUUUCAAUUUAAAAAGAUUUACUAAUCACUUGUAAAGGGCUAACGUCAUUAUGUGAACGAUUAUUUCGGUGUAAAAACAAUUAAUUCUAGAAAGACUGUAAAAGAAAAGAAUUAGACAGGAAAAAUGCAUAAGAACAACGUAAAUGUAGUUGAGAAUCCUCCAACGGUGGACAAAAAGAAGAAUUUGGGAUGUUGGGCUCGAUUCAAGAGUCUUUUCGAAGAUAGAGGGUUCGAUCUAGAAUAUGAAUAUGGCCAGCAAGGUCUGAGAUCGAUGAGUGUACUUGGAGAACAACAGGAUGUAGAAGAAUAUAGAAGAAUUACUGAGAGAAAAAGACCAUCCAGUGUCGUUAGGGAGGUGCCACAUAAUAAUAAUAUAAGUAAAGCUGACAACGUCACCGUUGACGUGAUUAAUUUCUAUGAACAAUUCACAAUUGUCAGUGAUGAAAAAGAAGAUCCUGAUUUAUGGACCAAGUCCGUUCGGCGUAGGGUCUCAAUGAGACCUAGCGCUAUACUUACAAACAUAGCUGAGGAACCAGACGAUGAAAUUGAAGAGAACAGGUCGCCGCCGCCCGCCAACAUUCCCAAUGCCAUGCUCUACUCGCCGCCGGAACCCUUAGAGCUACUAUGCGUGUUCCCGGAGCGAGCAUCGCGCGUUUGCGCGGCAGCAUGCGCGGCGGUCGCGCGAGCAGGCGGCGAGGCGCGCUCAGUGCGAAGCGCGCGCGACACGCUCGAAGCGUUACGACGCGAUUCCGACACCAAACAGCCGCACGUUAUCGUCGUAGACGCGCGACAACCUCAGACGCUAGACGCGUUUCUACUCGCCAGAGCUGUACGCGGAACCAAGAAUACGCAGCAUAUAAUACUAAUCGCUGUUGUCAAGAAAAGUGUUUACCUGAAAGAUGACUUCGCGGUACUCCCGUACUUGGAUGCUGGUUAUAAUCGAAUAAUGGUGGAGACUCUAAGCGCUACAGCGUGGUGCGCUGAAGUCCUGCAGUCGCGAGCUGCAGGAUCCGCAGCACGGGCUCAGAUAGCAGCCGUGGCCGCGCUCGCCGCCGCCGCCGACCGCUGCCGUGAUCUCAUCGCCGUCACUGAUGAACAGCAGAAGAUACUCCUGGCGAAUAAGUCCUGGUCUAAAGUCCUGGGAUGGCGCGUGGAGGAAGGUCCGAAGCAGCUAUCUGACACUGCUGGGGGCGAAGCCAUAAGGCUGGCUACCAGUGGAGCUCGUGACUGGGAGGCUCCCGUCACACUGCGCCGCCGCACCGCUCCAGAUCCUGUCCUGGUACCCUGCCGAGGUGCUGCCAUUGGGCUCACCAAGAGCACUUCUCACGUGGUGUUCGUGUGUGAGCCGAUCCACGCGUUGGAAACUGAGCGCGGCAGAGGAUCCUUGCACUCCAUCCGGCGAGGAUCCCUCGAUGUUCGCUCCGUCGCAUCCGAUGGCCUCCGAAGAACGUCUCUUGCUAAGCUCCAAGGCUUGCCGCUUGAAGCUCCUAUUACGAAGGUGAUAUCACUCUUGUCCACGGCAACUGAGGGUGCUCCUCCAUCGACGGUGGCGUAUAUCGAGAGGGCUGUUGACAUGCUGAGGACCUCCGAGCUCUACUCUCCACAAAUGAGGGAUGACCCUAAAAUGCGUGUCGAAGAUCCGAUAGCUACGGACCUCAUUGGAGCUUUACUGUCGCAGGGACCGACCAACACGUUGUCGUCGCGUCGAAGCAGCAAUGACUCCACUGUCGUCAGAUCGCAGACCAACAGGAGCAAUAUCAAGCACAAGACGACAGGCCAACUCCGAGAGCUAUUAGAUACGGCUUUAAGCUGGGACUUUGAGAUCUUCAAGCUAGAGGAACUGACCCGUGGAAGGCCACUGGCUCACCUUGGUCUGGCUCUCAUGGGAGGAAGGUUCGAUAUCUGCGCAGCGCUGGAGUGUGACGAGCGCACUCUACUGCACUGGCUCACUAUCGUGGAGACCAACUACCACGCUGUCAAUACUUAUCAUAACUCUACACACGCUGCUGAUGUGCUUCAGGCUGUAGCGUACUUCCUGGAGAAGGACCGUCUGAAGACAGUGCUGGAGCCGCUGGAGGCGGCGGCGGCGCUGAUCGCGGCGGCGGCGCACGACGUGGACCACCCCGGCACGUCGUCCGCCUUCCUGUGCAACGCGCGCCACCCGCUCGCCGUGCUCUACAACGACUAUACAAAAUUAGCGCAAAAAAUACUCAUCCCUUCUAAAACUAUUCUUUUCUUUACAGACGAUGACCGAGUAAACAUCUUCAAGAACUUGGAGCGCGACACAUACAAGCAGGUCCGGCACAAUGUGAUCGACAUGAUCCUCGCGACGGAGAUGACGAAGCACUUCGAACAUCUCGCCAAGUUCGUCAACGUCUUCUACGCCAAGUCCAGCGGCAGCAAGGAGGAUAAUAUGCAUACUGAUCAAGAGCCACUAGCUCUGGACACGACAGCGCUGUCACUGCCAGAGAACGUGGUGUUGGUGAAGAGGAUGAUGAUCAAAUGCGCGGACGUAUCCAACGCGUCAAGACCGCAGAAGUUCGCCUUCGAGUGGGCUAGGAGGAUCGCGGAAGAAUACUUCCUUCAAACGGACGAGGAGAAGGCGAAGGACCUGUCGGUAGUGAUGCCGAUGUUCGACCGCGCCACCUGCUCUAUACCGCGGUCACAGAUAGGGUUCAUUGACUACAUCAUCAUGGACAUGAUGGAGGCCUGGGCUGGGUUCAUCGACAUGCCAGAGCUAGUGAACCACGCUCGACAGAACCACGCACGUUGGCACGAACUGGACGACGCCGGCGUCACCACACUCGCCGACGUGCGCCGCGCACAGAGACAUCUCGCACUGCCCGCCCCCGCCUCCGCCACCACCGCCACCAACCCCACCACCGCCGGCACCACCACCACCACCACCGAGGAGUAGAGCCCCAGCCCCGGGUCUCACAGACCCAGCUACACGCGCGCCGUCCCCCCGUGCAGGAGUCUGUCUGUCUGUCUGUCUGCCUGCCACGGCUGCGCACGAGUGGACCGAGUAUGGAUGUCAACGUUAUAAGUCUGAAACGGAUCAUAGGCAAGCUUGCCUGACGGAUGAGUCCGAUAAUACGCUUAUUUUAUACUUAUAAUAUAUCCGUGUUAGAGUGGAUAUCACUUAAAUUAUAAUUGUUGAUAUCUACUUUUUUAAGUAGUCGUAUUUAUUAGGUAAUAUUGAAUGCAAAAUAUUUACUGCAUCGAUGUAUCAUUGGAUUUCAUUAACUGUCCACAGAUGGCAUGAGUUUACCUGGCUUUGUGUGUACUUAAUGUUUUAACUUGUGUGAUAGGAUGUUUACUAGUGAUGUGCUGAACUAUACACUCGCCUUUAUUGUCUCUGAACUUUAUCGUAUCGAAUACGCGAAGUCCGGACCUCGUAAAGGCGUGUAAUGAUCUACUAAUAAAUAAAGCAUUUUAUGACAUUAAUAGAAAAACAAAAUACAAUAUGUUGUGCUUCUCUAUAAUGUCUGUAUGUCGUCUGUGGAUUCACUGGACAAUCGGCAUAAUCCACAAAUGUAUUCAAGUUGCCAUAUACACGGGUAGGUGUCGUAGUUACAUAUUGUGUAAUGUUAUAAUGUUUUACAAUGUCCGUGAUAUAAGUGCCAUAUUAUUGAUUGGCCAUGUUUCAUUCGUUAGCGGUGUUACUAUCAUUUCUCACUGCAUCCCAUGACAGUACCUCUUCACAACACCUUACAUUUAGUUACUGGUAGAAUAUGAUUCGUAAGUAGUGAGGGCAAACGUUUCUUAAGAAUUUUAUCUUAAAAUCUAUUAGGAUCUGGGAUUCUGUAUCAAUCUGAAGCCUUCACCUUAAUGCCCUCGCCACAAGAAUCGCACCAAACUUUACAAGUAUUGCUCUACUUCUUAUAUUGUUAUACUAUUGAACAAUUGGUCCAUUUAUACACUUGAGCUUUCAAAGAAUUCCUAUUUUUAUAAAAAAAACUUUUUGUAGUGCGCACUUUCGGCCUCAAUCAUAUCAAAAUUCCAAAUUUUUUGAAUGAAAUUUGAUAAAAAGUAACUGUUGAACAAUAAAUCUACGUAGAUACUUUCGUUUCAUUCCUGGGGAAUAUUUUAUAACAUUUUAUACUUAACAAUUAUAAAUGUUAAUGUUAUUUAUUAAUAGAUAUAUUAGAACACUUGAAUAUUUCUUUAAUAAUAUAAUUUAUUGUAUUCGAAUAAGGUCUAACAUAUAUUAUAUGUAAUAGCGAUUAUUGAAUGAUGUAUUCGUCUAUAUGACGCUGGUAUUUAAGAGUUGUACUAUAGUGGAUACUACGAUAGUAAUGAGAUCAUAAAAUACGCUUCCUCGUGCUCAAUGUCAAUACAUAGCGGUCUAAUGUUAAUGUUUUACAAUACCUACUUCAAUAUUGUUACGUAGUUCGAUUUGCUACGCCGUCGUUGUACUGUAUUUGAUUAGGUCGCGGUGUUCAAUCUCAUAUAAUUUAUGUGAACCUACCAAAACGUACGUAAUACGCCUACUAACAAAUUCUAAUGAUCAAAUUAGUUAAUUUUUGUUAUAGUUAGCUCAAUUUAAUUAGAUUUUAAUGAUUAUCUAAUCUUGAUUUGGGAUUGUCCUUCGGUGGAAAUGAUUUCGUCCUAUCCCAGGGUUUACUUAGUCUCUUGCAGUCGUUUGUACAUGUUUGUGUUAAUGUAGACAAGUCAACACCUAAUCCAACUGAUUUCUAUUUAUAUUGAGUUUAAUGUAAGUUGGUCAUGUUUGAGGAUUUAUAUGUAUUAAGGUAACGGGGGCUGGACCCCCAUAUUUAAAUGUGGAGAAUAGAUAAAAUUACAUUGUUGUGAAUUUUAUAUGCGGAGACGUGUGCUAUGCAUAACUUGUAUGAGUACCAAUUAAUUAAUGUUAAUGUAAAAUGAAUAAAGAUUCAAAACACUUCACAAAGAAGUGAUAAAUAUGAA